AUGGAGCGUAGUACUGUGCUGUUAAACACCAGUUUAACUGUUGACUAUACCAGUAACACAAGUGUAACUGUUGACUAUGCCAGUAACACAAGUGUAACUGCUGACUAUGCCAGUAACACAAGUGUAACUGUUGGCUAUGCCAGUAACACAAGUGUAACUGUUGACUAUGCCAGUAACACAAGUGUAACUGUUGACUAUGCCAGUAACACAAGUGUAACUGUUGACUAUGCCAGUAACACAAGUGUAACUGUUGACUAUGCCAGUACAACAAGUGUAACUAUUGGCUAUUCCAGUAACACAAGUGUAACUGUUGACUAUGCCAGUAACACAAGUGUAACUGUUGGCUAUGCCAGUAACACAAGUGUAACUGUUGACUAUGCCAGUAACACAAGUGUAACUGUUGACUAUGCCAGUAACACAAGUGUAACUGUUGACUAUGCCAGUAACACAAGUGUAACUGUUGACUAUGCCAGUAACACAAGUGUAACUGUUGGCUAUGCCAGUAACACAAGUGUAACUGUUGACUAUGCCAGUAACACAAGUGUAACUGUUGGCUAUGCCAGUAACACAAGUGUAACUGUUGACUAUGCCAGUAACACAAGUGUAACUGUUGACUAUGCCAGUAACACAAGUGUAACUGUUGACUAUGCCAGUAACACAAGUGUAACUGUUGACUAUGCCAGUAACACAAGUGUAACUGUUGGCUAUGCCAGUAACACAAGUGUAACUGUUGACUAUGCCAGUAACACAAGUGUAACUGUUGGCUAUGCCAGUAACACAAGUGUAACUGUUGACUAUGCCAGUAACACAAGUGUAACUGUUGGCUAUGCCAGUAACACAAGUGUAACUGUUGACUAUGCCAGUAACACAAGUGUAACUGUUGGCUAUGCCAGUAACACAAGUGUAACUGUUGGCUAA